AUGUCCGGAAGACGCUUAAGCUACACAGACACACAACUUAACACCGCCGUGGCCCAAGUUCUCGAGGCUGCCUCUAUCUCGCAAGUGAGCAAGACGAGUGGCGUGCGCUAUCGGACACUAGAAAGUUCAGUAGCCGCAGCAAAACGUGGCGAGUUCCGCGUCAGCAAACGCCGCAGCCCAACGCCUCUGCUACCAGCCGAAGCUGAG